AAAAGAAGGAGGUCCAGGCCAUAAAGAGGGAGGCCUCUGCUCUCCAGGAAGGAAGACAAGGGGCUUGGGGGGGGGGGUUAUUUUCUUCCUUUCCAAGGAAGACCAAAUUAAAGGCAGGGUGACUAGGUGUAAUGACUGCAAAGGAGGACACAAAACCGCAAAAGCUGCCGAAAGACGCUUCAUUGUUUUUGCUGCAGUGGACUAAAAUGGUGGGUCCACCCUUGUAAUGUUGGCUCUGGCUACACAGGUUCUGCAGGUACUUAAUACUAAAGUUUGCAAGACAGGUUUAGCAAAGAUGAAAGCUUGGGGAGGACAAGCUGCAUCACGUUUGCCACAAUCCUCCUGUUUUACUGAUUGCAAAUUUCGGAUUGCAAAGUCUCUGUCUUCCAGCAUUGUCUGAGGCUUCGUGUCACAUCCAGUCAACUACAAUACCAUGAUACGAUUGCCAUUGGGUAGUCAGUUCCUUCCUUGGAAAUCGGAAAUGGCUGAAACAGGAUUGCCUCAGGUUGCUGUGACUUUUCAGGAAGUGGCCAUGUAUUUCACAAAAGGACAAUGGGCUCUACUGGAUCUGAAUCAGAGAGCUUUAUACAAGGAAGUCAUGCAAGAGAAUUAUGACAACGUGACCUCCUUGGGAUUUCCACUCAUCAAGCCUGAUCUGAUCUCCUGGAUUGAACAAGACCCUUGGUUUCUAGAUCACCUUGUCUUAGAGAAAAUGGAGGUUACAUCACAUCACAGCACAGGGUUUCCCAGUGUGACGGUCAAGGUGAAACAAGAAGAGGAACCCUGCGACCUGUGGGUAUCUGAGGCCUCCCCAAAGACCAGCUCAGAAUUUCCUGACAUUAUAAUAAAGCAAGAGAAGGAAGAGGACUUGUGUGUUAUGAGUCGCCAAGGAUUUGAGGAAAAUGCAAAUAUUGUCGGUCAACAGUCAGCAGAGCAUAGUGUGACCUCUCCAUUUCAAUCCAGAUGGAAGAGGAGAAAGGAGAAAGGAAGAUCGGCUGGAAGACCAGCAGAGAUACCAGUAGCUUUUGAAGAUGUGGCUGUGUAUUUUACAGAGGAGGAAUGGGAUCUGCUGGAACCGAACCACAGAUCUUUGUACAGGGAAGUCAUGAUGGAAAAUUAUGAGACUCUGUCCUCGCUUGUUCCAAAGCCUAAUUUCAUUUCUCCUGUUGAACAAGGAGAAGAGCUGUGGGUGUUGGAUGCACAGGCCCUAGAAAAAUCAGAAACCUCUGACAUCAAAUUGGGUGUCACAUCAGCAGAUAACUGGAGAAAGACAAAUGUAUGCAAACAAUGCUGGAGAUGUUUUGCACACAAACUGGAUCUUGCCAGACACCAGCGAAAUCAUAUGGAAGAUGAAAAUUCAAUCGGAAAGAAGCUCUACAUAUGCACCAUGUGUGGAAGACAUUUUGCCCAAAAGAGAGCACUUAUACUUCACAAGAAGAUCCACCCUGGAAAGAAAAUUUUUGGAUGUGAAGUGCAUGGGAAAAAUUUUGAUUGCGAGUUGCCCCUUCCAUGCCAUCUCUCAGGAGAGAAACUGGAGCACAGACAGUGUUUUGCUCAGACUUCAAACCUUUUGAGACACCAGAUAAAUCAAAGGGGAGGGAAAUCUUACAAAAGCCAGGAGCACUGGAAAUAUUUUACUCACCAGUUAGACCUUGUGAAUCAUCAGAGAAUCCACACAAGUGACAAAGCAUACAAAUGCGUGGAUUGUGGUAAAUGUUUUACUCGGAAAUCAAACCUGGUGACUCAUCAAAGACUCCACAAAGGAGAUAAACCAUACAGCUGUCCGGAGUGUGGGAAAUGUUUUGCUCGGAGUGCACAAGUUGCAAUCCACCAGAGAGUCCAUACUGGAGAGAAACCAUAUAUUUGUCAGGAAUGUGGAAAAGGUUUUGCUCAGAAUUCAACUCUUUUGAUCCACCAAAGAAUCCACAGAGGGGAGAAACCAUAUAAGUGUGAGCAAUGUGGUAAAUAUUUUGCUCACAAUUCACACCUUAUGAAGCACCAGAAAGUCCACACAGGCGAGAAACCAUUCAAAUGCCAGGAGUGUGGGAAAUGUUUUGUUCGUAAGGCAGAACUUACAGCACACCUGAGAGUCCACACAGGAGAGAAACCAUACAAAUGCCAGCAGUGUGGAAAAUGUUUUGCUAACAAGUCAGAUAUUAUGCCUCAUCAGAGAAUUCACACAGGAGAGAAACCCUACAAAUGUCAGCAGUGUGGGAAAUGUUUUGCUCAGAAUGCACAUCUUCUAGGGCACCAAAAAGUCCACACGGGAGAAAAACCAUACAAAUGCCAGGAGUGUGGCAAAUGUUUUGCUCACAAGUCAGACCUUGUUGUUCACCAUAGAGUCCACACAGGAGAGAAGCCAUACAGAUGCCAGCACUGUGGGAGAUGUUUUGCACAGAAGUCACAUCUUGUAGGCCACCAGCGCAUCCACAUAGGAGAGAAAUCAUACACAUAUCAAGAGUGUGAGAAAUAUUUUUCUCACGAUUUAAAUCUUAUUAGUCAAGAAAGAGUCAACCCAAGAGAGAACCCUUACAAAUGUCAGGAGUGUGGGAAGUAUUUUACUUGCAAUUCAAACCUGGCCAGACAUCAGAGAGUACAUACAGGAGAAAAACCAUUCAAAUGCCAGGAGUGUGGAAAAUGUUUUUCUCAGAAUUCAUAUCUUGUGAGCCACCAGAGAGUGCACACAGGAGAGAAACCAUUUCAGUGUCGGGAGUGUGGGAAAUGUUUUGCUCAAAAUUCAAAUCUUGUGACUCAUCAGAGAGUCCACACAAGGAAAAAAAUGUUAAAAAGCCAGUAGUGUCAAAAAUGCUUUGCUUUCCACUGAGAGCUUAUAAAACAUCAGGAGUCCAGAUAGGAGUACUGAAAAUAUUUUAAUAGUCAUCCAAACAACGUGAGCCAUCCAAGAACUGAGAUAGGAGAGGAAACAUUGAAAUGCCAGGAGUGUGGGGGGUGUUGUGCUCACAAGUCAGACAAGUUAGCCAGCAGAGAGUUAUACAGGAAACAAACCAUAAAAAUUCCAGGUGUGUGGGAAAUGUCUUGCUUGAAGAGCAAAACUUGUGAUCCUUCUGAGUGUGCACAUAGGAUCUAAACUCCGUCAAAGCCAUGGUUACAGAAAACAUUUUGCUGAACUAUCCAGCGGUCAUAUGCCACCAGAAGAUUCACAGAGGAGAGAUUGUUCAUGCAUUGAAAUGUGGGGUUAUGUUUUUCUGCAACACGUUGGCUAGCAUCUUGUUAGUGGCAUAUGCAGACAUGACUUAACCUUACACUUGCAUAUAUGUAUUUGUGUUCAUUCUGGAGUUUGCAUUCUCUCCCUCUGCAGCAAACAAAGUGACCCAACCUACUAUAGAGCUAUCGAACACCAACCCCAUGGCUUUUCCAUGUCAAGUGGAGAGCAGAGGCCAUUGCAGAACCAUCCAGAUAACAUUCCCAUAACCACAUACAAAAUGAUAAGACUGGAGGAUUCCAGUGUCUGACUACAGGGCUACAACCAGAUACUGCUGAGAUACCUUACCCCACUCUACCAGGCAAAGAAUAGCCAUUGGAGGAUAGCUUUAGCAGCUCUGUGUUAAGGCUGGGGAUAGGAGGAGUAGGUAAUACUCCAGAGGACAGGAUCAAAAUUCAAAAUGACCUUAAUAAAUUAGAAAGCUGGGCCAAAGCUAACAAAAUGAAUUUCAACAUGGAGAAAUGUAGGGUACUGCACUUAGGGUGGAAAAA